AUGCGCGCUGCCGAUCGCAUCUCGUACAGAGGGCUGUUUCCACCAUUUUUGACCGGGGCUAUUGGUAUUCUACUUGCCCUGGAUUUGCUUGAGGUCUACUUCUCGUUCUUCACACCCGAGAACAGUGACACUCCGUUCUGGUUUGGUGCUUCGCAGCGCUCACGCUACCUGCUCUUGAUUACAGCCGGCAAUACCACCUUGCUUUUCCUCCAUGGAGCCGCGCAGCACCGUGCAAUUUUCCUCCGCCCACACCAACCCUGCACCGAUGAGGCCGAGGAAUGUGUGGAUGCUGAGUCGAACGGAGACUUUGUCGAAACCCCGUUAGCACAAGCACGCGGAAAGAACGGCACUCCUUCCCUGGUCGAUACACCCGAGUACAGUGGUUCGUGGUUCGAUACACUCACGUUUUCGUGGGUCAGCGACAUAUUCCACAGUGGGUCUCGUCGUCAGCUCGACUAUGUGGAUCUCUACAGACUGGAUAUGAGUGACAUGACGGUUCCAAACUGGUACCGCUAUGCAAGGCACCGCAAGCCAGAUCGGUCUCUACUAACGACCUUAAUGCUGACGUUUGCCCCUCAGCUGCUCGCUCAGCUGCUGCUUUCUGUGGUCAUCGCAGUAUUGCAUUACUCCGGCCCGUUCUUCUUGCAGCGCAUUUUGCAGUCGAUCGAGAUUAUUGGCAAUACUGCCGUGGGUGGUACUCCAGCAAAAUCGAUCCGUAGUGCAUAUCUGGAUGCAUUCGGACUACUGUUCUUCACAGUCAUGAAUUCGCUGGUUGCCACAAAGGUCGUUUGGAUUGGAAGCCAUUUGGAUUUCCGCAUGAAGGGUCUCUUGGUUGCUGAGCUGUCUACCAAGACCUUGAACCGCCGUGCAAGGGACUCAUCUGCAGGCACCACCGACAAAGACGAUGGAAAUGACGAAUAUGGCAGUGAUGAUGACUUAGGGUCGGCACAGGAAGCGACAAACGGCAAAAUAAUGAACCUGCUCACCACAGAUCUCAACCGUGUCGCCAGGGUCACUGGGUCCUUGGAAGAUCUAUGUGUUCUGCCAACGAUGGCCAUCAUUGGUCUGUUCUAUCUGUUUCAGUUGCUGGGAUGGUCGUCGCUCAUCGGAUUCUCGAUCGUGAUUCCGUAUUACCUCCUGACAAGGAAGAUUUUCGACUGCUUGUCGGAACUAGAAGAGGAGACUUGGAGACUGAGUGACAGGCGAGUAGAGACGAUUACGGAGCUUCUACAAGGCAUCAAAGCCGUCAAGCUCUAUGGCUGGGAGUCCCGGUUUCUCGAGAUAAUUGACAAGCAUCGCGAGGACCAGCUGGAUUCGAUGUGGCGGUGGCUCCUCGGCUUGACCUACGCAUACCUCGUUACGAACCUGGCACCGCUGCUGACUUUGGUCCUAGUACUACUGACAUAUGUCGGUGUAUUUGGCAAUACUCUCAAUGCUGAGGUUGCGUUCACAGCUAUCUCGGUGUUCCAGCUUUUGCAUGUGGCAGUGGAGCAUUUCCCAGAGUACUUGAGUUGGGCUAUAUCCGGCUAUGUGUCCCUGAGACGCAUAGAGUCUUAUCUUGCGAUGCCCCAGGCCCAGGACCUCGAAGACCGAGUCAAUCGAGUAGACGACGACGGUGACGCACUAGGAUUCAGCAAGGCUAGUCUAGUCUGGGACACAUACACAAAGGACGACUUGGGUGAUACUGCCAAUGAUGCUACUCAUAUGGCAAAUGCCAACGAGGACACACCGCUGCUUGAUAAGACUGCAUUCAUGCUCAAGGACAUCGAUAUUCACUUCCCAGUUGCUGGGCUGUCAAUCAUUGCCGGUCCAACGGGCAGUGGCAAAUCGUCGCUGCUGUCAGCACUCAUUGGCGAGAUGUCGCUGGUCCGUGGAACAAUCCUGCUGCCGACCAUCAACCCAGCCCGCGCUAUUGGACUUGGCGAUCCCUAUGGAGACAUCAUCAAGCUGUCGCGCGAACAGGAGGCAAUUCGCGAUAUUGCCUAUGUUGCACAGGAGGCAUGGCUGCGCAAUGCCACCAUCCGCGAGAACAUCCUGUUCGGCGAGCCGUAUGAUCAACAGCGGUACGAGGAGGUGCUGCGUGUCUGUGCACUGAAGCCCGAUCUGCGGAUCCUGACUGCUGGCGACCAGACCGAGAUUGGCGAGCGCGGCGUGACGCUGUCGGGAGGCCAGAAGCAGCGUGUUGCACUGGCCCGUGCGGUGUACUCGGACCGCAAGAUCCUGCUUAUUGACGACUGUCUGUCGGCUGUCGAUGCGCACACUGCCAAGCACAUCCUGAUGGAGUGUCUGCUGAACAAGACGUCGCUGAUGCACGGCCGCACCCGUGUCCUCGUCACCCACCACGUGUCGAUGUGCCUUCCGUAUGCGCAGUACAUCGCGGUGAUGCGCGAGGGCGAGAUUACGCUCAAGGGCAAUCCGCAGGAGCUGCAGGCAAUGGGCAAGUUCUCGGCGACUCUUGCUGAGCUCGACACCAAGGACGACACAAAGGCUGAGGAAGGAUCGAAGGGCAAGGAGGGUACGCUGAUUGAGGAUGAGGAGCGCGAGGCCGGGUCCGUCAAGGCUGAAGUCUGGCGCGCAUUCUUUACUGCCUGCGGCAGACACUGGUACUGGAUUCUCUCGAUUAUACUGCUGGCCUUCACACAGGUGCUCACGGUUUUGCAGGACUACUGGGUUCGGAUCUGGGUACAGUCGGCCAAGGAGCCCUCGUCCUCUGUCUACGCAUCGCUUGCCAUGUCUCCCGUUGCUCUGCCUGACAUGAACCGUCCGAUUGUCAACAGCUUGUCCUCUGUGUUUGCUGUCCUCCCGGCGGCUGACGAAGUGGUUGUGCAGUCAGUGCAACAGCACUCUGCGAAAUACUGGCUUGGUAUCUACUUCCUCAUCGGCGUGGUGGGUAUUGUGUGGCGUGGAGUGCAGAUUAUGUACGUCUUUGGCGGUGCGAUCCGCGCCUCACGUAAGCUGCACUCCGAGCUGCUGCAGGCUGUAGUGCACGCAACACCGCGCUUCUUUGAUUCGACACCGCUGGGCCGUAUCAUCAACCGGUUCUCGCGCGACAUGCAGACCGUCGACGAGUGGACCAUGGAUAUCCUCGUGUGGUGGCUGCUGGACAUCAUGGGUGUGCUGAGCAUCUUCGCCAUCAUCUCGUAUGUGACGCCUGCCUUUGUGCUGGUUGCCAUCGGCAUCUCGGUUACGUAUGCUGGUAUCGGAUACUACUACCUCAACGCGUCGCGCGAGCUGAAGCGUAUCGAAUCCAACACCAUGUCACCGCUGCUGUCGCUGUUUGGAGAGUUGAUUCUAGGAGUCACCUCCAUCCGUGCGUUUGGCCUCAAGAAGUACUAUAUUAAGGAGGCAGUUAACCGGAUUAACGCUCAGAACCAGCCGUUCUACCAGGUGUGGGCGGCGAACCGGUGGCUGUGUGUGCGCGUGGAUCUGGCAGGUGCCAUGGUCGCAUUUGCAUGCUCGCUGUUUAUUCUGAUGAACCUGCGCUGGAUGGACGCUGGUCUGGCUGGAUUUGCGCUGUCGUAUGCGCUGAUGUUCUCAGAUCGUAUGCUGUGGGUGAUUCGCAACUACUCGCAGAACGAGCUGAACAUGAACGCGGUCGAGCGCAUCACGCAGUACAUGAAGGUUGAGCAGGAGGCUAGUGCUCAGUCAACGCCUGAGAACAAGCCUGCGAGCAACUGGCCCAGGACCGGUGACCUUGAGAUCGAGGACCUGGUCAUCGAGUACGUGCCCAAUGUCCCGGUGCUGCAUGGCCUGAACAUGUCGAUCAAGCACGGCGAGAAGAUCGGUGUGGUUGGCCGCACCGGCGCUGGCAAGUCGACGCUGUCGCUGGCGUUCCUGCGGUUCAUCGAGGCAGCCAAGGGCCGGAUCGUGCUCGACGGGGUCGACAUCUCGAAGAUUGGCCUGGAGGAUCUCCGCCGCAAUGUCACUAUCAUCCCGCAGGACCCAGUGCUGUUCAACGGCACUAUUCGCUUCAACCUUGACCCGUUCAGCGAGUACCCCGAUGAGAUUGUGUGGGAUGCGCUGCGCCGUGCGCAUCUGGUGCGCGAGCGCGGCAGCCAGACCGCCAGCACUGCGACCAGCACUGCGACCAGCGUGUUUGAGGGCAAUGCCAACGACAGCUCGCUGGAGCGCAUGUCGGGCAUCUUCAAUAGCCUGGAGGCCGAGAUCAAGGAGAACGGGCAGAACCUGUCGCUGGGUCAGCGUCAACUGGUGGCGCUGGCUCGCGCUCUGGUGCGCCGGUCGCGACUGAUCAUCAUGGACGAGGCGACGGCGUCGGUCGAUUUCGAUACCGAUGACCGUAUCCAGCGCACGAUCCGUGGCUCCGAGUUUGCCAACUCGACCCUGUUCUGCAUUGCUCACCGGCUGCGCACCAUCAUCGACUAUGACCGCGUGCUGGUACUGGACAAAGGCAAGGUUGCCGAGUUUGACACUCCGGCCAACCUGCUCAACAGGCAGGACGGCAUCUUCCGCAGUAUGUGCGAAAAGUCUGGCGAGCUUGAGCACCUGGUGAGGGCCGCCAAACAGACUAUGAGCAAAUAG